AUGGUGUCCCCACGGGGUCAAAUUUCAGCGUCACAGCUGGGGGCUGGCUUCGCGGUCUCUCAUGGGAGAGCAUGAACAGUGACCCUCUUUUGGCCGGCCUACCCCUGGACCCCGACUUCUCUGUAUCCUAUCAGUGCUCACCUCCUUCACCCUCGGAUGCGUGUUUUUCUGCCAAUGCAGAGAAGUGCUCUUCCUCUGACAAGGCUUUGGACUUCAAGACUUACUGGUCCAGGACAUCAGAGCUAGAGGCCGUGGGACCUGCUGCUUCUGAGGUCUUUAAGUCCUUGGAGACCAUCUCUUCUAAAAGCAAAGUUAAGUCUGCCAUGAUAGUUCCCGACACCCAGAAAUUCUUGCGAUGUGAACUAGAGUCACUCAAGACUCAGCUCCAGGCUCAGACAAAGGCUUUUGAGUUUCUGAACCACUCUGUGACUAUGUUGGAGAAAGAGAGCUGCCUGCAGCAGAUCAAGAUCCAGCAGCUCGAAGAUAUGCUGACCCCUUCGGUCCGCCAGGUAGAAAACAAGGGGCAAAAAUGGGACACGGAGCAGGGCCGGCAGGAGCUGUACGGGGCCCUGGCCCAAGGCCUGCGGGGGCUGCAGAAGACCCUGCGUGACGGAGAAGAGAUGCAGCGGGCCCGCACCACCCGCUGCCUGCAGCUGCUGGCCCAGGAGAUCCGGGACAGUAAGAAGUUCCUGUGGGAGGAGCUGGAGCUGGUGCGAGAAGAGGUGUCCUUCAUUUAUCAGAAGCUUCAGGCACAGGAAGAGGAGAUCUCGGAGAACCUGAUGAAUAUUCAGAAGAUGCAGAAGACGCAGGUGAAGUGUCGCAAGGUCCUGACUAAGAUGACCCAGCAGGGUUGCGAUCCAGCUGCCUGUCCUGAGACUGAAGGGGGGUUUGUAGAAGGCAGUAACUACUGGAAGAAUGACCUCCAGAAAGAGCUGAGUGACAUAUGGUCAGCUGUGCAUGGGCUACAGAAUUCCGUCGAUGGUCUCAACAUGUCAUCUGGGACCCUUCCCAAGGCCUCAAACCUCAGGGGCCGCAAGGGGCAUCGCUGCCUGAGCCCUCAGCGCUUGAGCCCGCAGCUCCCCUCCUGGGACUCAGACUCUGACUGGGAACCCCCGCCUUUCACCAACAACCAGUCCUUCCCACCCGCCUGAGCAGCCGGGACUGCUCACCCAGAAGAUCCCUCCAGAGAGAAAAUAAAACUAGCAGAGAUCCUUCUCCGCCCCGGACUCCCGCCCCUGCUGCUUUCCUGAGCCUCAGAACCUCCCAGUGACCCCACCACCACCACCACCACGUUAACCCCCAGAUUUUCUUCUCAGUGUCUGGGAGCUGUGCAGAGACACCCCCCCAAGUCUGUCUGUCUGUCUGUCUCUCUCUCUUUCUCACACACACACACACACACACAAGGUCAGU